AUGGCGACGUUCUUCCACGGCGGUGCCCCAGAGAUCCAACCCGAUGGGCUGCAGACGCUUUACCUCAUGAAUCCGGGCUAUGUCGGCUACCCCUCCGACGGAUCUGCCACCAGCAACGUGCUCCUCCUCAACCAGGCCGGCGUCUCCGCCGGUUCACAGUCGGCUCAUCAACAUCAGCUCCUCGGAAUCCCCCUCCAGAACCAGGUCUCCGCCUCCUCAUCCUCCGUGGAUCACAGCCGACCGAUGUCCAUCUCUGUGCCGCACGACAUCUCCGCCGUCCACGGCUCUCUCCCGCGAGUCCACUACAAUCUGUGGAACCCGACGACCAACUCCGGCAUCGACGCAGCGGCGCAGCAAAUACGGCGGCCUUCCAUGGCUCCGCUGGCCCAACAGGGCCUCUCUCUCAGCCUCUCACCACAACAGGCAAGCUAUGGGCAGUACCGGCAGGAUCGCGAGAUGUUGGUGUCGCCGUCGUCAACCUCGGAGGUGAUCAACGGGAUGCCGGGUCUCCAAGGCAUGUUGAUGGGCUCCAAGUACCUGAAGGCGGCACAGCAGCUGCUAGAUGAGGUAGUCAACGUCGGCAAAGGAGUCAAAGAUGAUUCGCCGAAGGCUUCCAAGAACCAGAUGAAGGCCAAUAGAGACGCCGACGAGGGGGCCGGGGAAGAGGUUGGCUUGAAGCGCGCAGCUGAGCUAACGACCGUGGAGAGACAGGAACUUCAGAUGAAGAAGGCGAAGCUGGCUGGCAUGCUCGACGAGGUAAGGCUGCCGAUGUUAGACAUAGUUCUUCUAUAAGAUUCGAAGAACCCGGGUUUUCGAUCGGCCGUUGACUCUGAUCGCACCCAGAAAAGUAUCACCAUUGGGAACAUGAACUGAUCACUCUGUUUCUUAUAUGGUCUACUCAUGGUGGAUGCAGGUGGAGCAGAGGUACAGACAGUAUCAUCAACAGAUGCAGAUCGUGGUCUCCUCCUUCGAAGCAAUGGCCGGAUUCGGAUCGGCGCGAACGUAUACAUCCCUGGCCCUGCAAACCAUAUCGAAGCAAUUUCGGUGCCUCAAAGACGCCAUCACGGGGCAGAUAAGGGCGACGAGCAGGAGUCUGGGAGAGGAGGACGGCCAGAUUGGAGGGGGAAAGAGCGAGGGAGGCUCCAGGCUUCGGUUCGUUGACCAUCACCUCAGACAGCAGAGGGCUCUCCAGCAGCUGGGCAUGAUGCAACACAACGCCUGGAGGCCACAAAGAGGACUCCCCGAGCGGGCCGUGUCGGUUCUCCGGGCUUGGCUAUUCGAGCACUUCCUACACCCGUGAGCAUCGAUUCGAUCCAAUUCAAUUCAAUUCAAUCCAGUCCAAUUCAAUUCGAUCUGUUCAUGGAUUUAAACCAUGUUUUUCUUGGGAAAUCGGGAGUGAUUCCAUCUCUGGGUUUGAUUAUUUCUUCUCACGAUAGGUUGGUCUCUAGUUUGACCCUGUUUCGUGGAUUGCAGAUACCCGAAGGACACAGACAAACUCAUGCUCGCAAAGCAAACAGGCCUCACCAGGAGCCAGGUACUGUGUUCCAUGUGAACGGCCUAUAUUUAUUGUCGAUUUAACUUUGGAUUGAACAGCUUGAAGCGCACCCCUUUUCUUGUAAAGUCAACGACACGUUGUCUGGAUGCAUUUAUCUGCCCAAUUUAUUGUCGAUUGAUUUUAAAUUAGACGAUUGGUUGUUCAGCGGACUAUCAUUACCUAUAGUUAUGUUAGGAUUUUUGUCUAAUCUUACGGAUUCACAUGCACCCAAUUCUAAAAAUAUUAAUAAAACCUAGAGGCCAUUUCAGAACGAGUUAAAUUAUCCUUAAUUAUUUGUGUCGAUUGCAGGUAUCAAACUGGUUUAUUAACGCACGCGUUCGGCUCUGGAAGCCCAUGGUGGAGGAGAUGUACAUGGAGGAGACCAAGGACCAAGAACACCAGCAUAAUAACGGCGACGACAGACCGAGCAAGCGGGAGCUGAACGAGGAUUCCGGCGGUCCGAUGGAGGGCAGCCCUUCCGGAACGCAGAAGCAGGCGGAUAGUCUCCUAACCAGGGAAGACGACUCCACCAACCCGAAGCUGAACCCGUCCAUGAUCCCCACAUCAGACCUCGCGGGCAUCAUCCGAAUGAAGGAGACUGCACCCUAUGGCGACGACAGCUCCCUCACGCUGGAGAAGUUUAAGAAGGCGAGGGCUGAGGAGGCCUCCCUCCAUAUGAACGGCCUUCCCCAUGCCAUGCAUAUGGGCAUGGACUUCAAGCCCAUUGCAACCAACCGAGACUUCUUCACCGUCAACCGACGAAGUGUGGAGGACGGUGGGUACUCCUUUGGGGCCUUCCCAAUGGGGGAUCUGGGGAGGUUCGAUCCAGAGCAAUUCGCACCAAGGUUCUCCGGGAAUGGAGUCUCUCUCACUCUAGGGCUCCCGCACUGCGAGAGCCUCUCGCUCUCUGGUACUCAGCCGUCCUUUCUAUCCGCAGAAAGCAUACCCCUCGGGAGGAGGCUCGAGAUCGGAGGCGAAACUGGUGACUUCUGCAAUCUGAGAAACAACGCACCUGGUACUCAUCCUUCCAACGCCUUCGAGAACAUCAACAUGCAGAACAGGAAGGGGUUCGCUGCUCCGCUUCUGCCAGACUUCGUCACAUGA